CCGCCUUCCCGCCGCUCCUCCUUCGCUCCGCCCAAGGGGGCCUGCCUACGUUUAUGUCAGGAGGCUGCCCAGCGUUUCCUUCCUCUCUGAGCAAGAUGGCUGGGGGUGAGGUUGGAGUGACUCUCGGGCAGCCACAUCUUUCCCGACAGGAUCUCGCCACGUUGGACGUCACCAAGUUGACACCACUUUCACAUGAAGUUAUCAGCAGACAAGCUACAAUUAAUAUUGGUACAAUUGGUCAUGUAGCUCAUGGGAAGUCUACUGUGGUAAAGGCUAUUUCUGGAGUUCACACCGUCAGAUUCAAAAAUGAACUAGAAAGAAACAUUACCAUCAAGCUUGGAUAUGCUAAUGCUAAGAUUUAUAAACUUGAUGACCCAAGUUGUCCUAGACCAGAAUGUUACAGGUCGUGUGGAAGCAGUACGCCAGAUGAGUUUCCUACAGACAUUCCAGGGACCAAAGGGAACUUCAAAUUAGUCAGGCAUGUUUCCUUUGUUGACUGUCCUGGACAUGACAUUUUGAUGGCUACGAUGCUGAACGGUGCAGCAGUGAUGGAUGCAGCUCUUCUGUUGAUAGCUGGUAAUGAAUCAUGCCCUCAGCCUCAGACUUCUGAACAUCUGGCUGCCAUAGAAAUCAUGAAACUCAAGCAUAUUUUGAUCUUACAGAAUAAAAUUGAUCUGGUAAAAGAAAGUCAGGCUAAGGAACAAUAUGAGCAGAUUCUUGCAUUUGUACAAGGAACAGUAGCAGAAGGAGCACCAAUUAUUCCAAUUUCUGCUCAGCUGAAAUAUAAUAUUGAAGUCGUCUGUGAGUACAUAGUGAAGAAAAUACCAGUGCCCCCAAGAGACUUUACUUCUGAACCCCGUCUCAUUGUUAUUAGGUCAUUUGAUGUCAACAAACCUGGCUGUGAAGUUGAUGACCUUAAGGGAGGUGUAGCUGGUGGUAGUAUUCUAAAAGGAGUGUUAAAGGUAGGCCAGGAGAUAGAAGUGAGACCUGGUAUUGUUUCCAAAGAUAGUGAAGGAAAACUCAUGUGUAAACCAAUCUUUUCCAAAAUUGUAUCACUUUUUGCGGAACAUAAUGAUCUUCAGUAUGCUGCCCCAGGUGGUCUCAUUGGAGUUGGAACAAAGAUCGACCCCACUUUGUGCAGAGCUGACAGAAUGGUGGGACAAGUGCUUGGUGCGGUUGGAGCAUUACCUGAAAUAUUCACAGAACUGGAAAUUUCCUAUUUCCUGCUUAGACGUCUUCUGGGCGUCCGCACUGAAGGAGACAAGAAAGCAGCAAAGGUCCAAAAACUGUCUAAGAAUGAAGUGCUUAUGGUCAACAUAGGAUCCCUGUCAACAGGAGGAAGAGUUAGUGCUGUCAAGGCUGAUUUGGGCAAGAUUGUUUUGACUAAUCCUGUGUGUACAGAAGUAGGAGAAAAAAUUGCCCUUAGCCGAAGAGUUGAGAAACACUGGCGUUUAAUUGGUUGGGGUCAGAUAAGAAGAGGAGUAACCAUUAAGCCGACUGUAGAUGAUGACUGAAGAAUCCAACUUAAACAAUGCCUUGGGAUGGAGUUGGAAUUUCUUUUAAUAGGCUAGGGGUAUAUUUUCAAAGAAAUACUAGGAAAUUUCGUAGUUCAUUGCGUUAGUAGUAGCUGUAAGAAUUAUAAGAUAUUCUCAUAUCUUGGUGAUGAAAAUUUAACCUACUUCUGGUAUAGGGCCUACAAGUAAAUGUGAAAAGUGGUAUACUAUAUACUAUAUUGGAUUAAAUCUACAUUUUAGCAGAAGUUAAGCAUUCCAAAAUAAUGGCUAAUUUAUCAAUCAGUGGAAGUUUGAAGUGAAACUUCGCUACAACCAGCCUUUGCUAUAGCAUACAUAUCAUGAACCUUUCUAAAAUGAAAAUGAUGUCUUCCCAUGAUACAUCUGUGAGUAGCUCCAUGGUGAAGGACAGUUGACCUCUAAAAACUAAAGACCCACACUUUCCUCGAACAGCCACUCUCUCUCCUGUGCUGUACUUUUCAAUUAAUCAUGUUUUUGCUUAAUUAGAUAAUUGGAUACUCUGCUAGAGGAGUGAUUUCUAGCUCUUGCUGGCAUGAGAAGUGUUGGGGAAGUUUUGGUUUUUUGGGUUUUGUUUGUUUGUUUGCUUUUAGCUUGAUAAUCCUUCAUUUGAUUUUCUUUGGAUUUGCAUAAAAAUGAUUUAAUUCCACAAUUAACUCUGUUAUUAUCUUUUGGAUACUGAAGCAGUCUUACGGAGGGUUACAGCUCUGGCUGUGAAUCUUUAUGAAUUUUGAGGAAACUAUUGACAUUAUGAUAGACUCUGAAGGGUUGUGUUAUAGCAUGAAGAGCACAUUUAAAUAAAACAAGAUUCUAAAUCAAGCAUUAAUUUUAUAUCUAUGUGCCCAUGUGUUUUGUAGAUACUUCAUACUAUAAAUUCUGGUAUGAGUCUGAAAAUAUUGAAUGACUUAUGUAAUCUCAUGUCAGAACUGAAACCAGAAACUCAUGUUAUUAAUUUCAAAGAAUCUGAAUGAAUAUCAACUUUGUAAAUCACUGUGCUUCCUAUAAUGGCCAUAUAGGUAUGAAAACAAUGUACCAUGUUGUCUUAAAAGUCACUUUAAAUCAAUGCAAUGAUUCUCAACAAAAUGUACCUGAUUUAAAGUUAGCCUAAGAACAAGGGGCUCUCUCU